CACCUCCUCAAGGCCAGUAAGAUGUGUUGUAGAUGACAACAGCUGCAACAGCUGUACAACGAUGGAUGAAGGCCACUCAGUGACAGCUGGGGAUGGGGCUCAACAGCGGGCAGGGGCACCAGUGCCGGAAGCUGAGGGAUUGUCAUCAUCUGGGAGAAAUGUGGCUGUAGAUGUUGACAGAGGUGUCAACUCCCACACAGUCUUGGCGACAUUUCCUGAGGGUGAUGCAGAAGGUCUGGGGUCUGCCAACCACAUCCAGGUCCAGCUGCUGGAUGGCCAGGUCAUCCAGAUCACUUCAGCUUCCAUUGUGGAGUCAGAGAUGCAGGAGAGCAGUGGUGUAGGAUCGCGGGGCAGCGGCACUCUGAGGAAUGCCAUGAGCUCACCGAGGGCUGAAGGCUCAGGUGGUGCCGUCACCCUGCUGACCACUGAUGGAAAGACAUACAUCUUGCCUCAGCCUUUGAGCUCUGAGGUGGAGGCGGCUGGGGGAUACCUAAUCACAGAGGAGGUCCUGAGCACGGAGGGUGGGCGGUCUAGUGACAUCCUGCAACACCACCCAGUCCUGACCAUCCCUUCCCCGCUGGCACCACUGCCAUACCCCACCCCAACCGGGCGCCAUCCUGAUGCCCUGGCCAUUGCUGCGAGUGAAGUCUUUAGUGAGAACUAUUCGGGCCUCUCACUAGAGGCAGGAAAUGGCUAUGAUGACUCAAGAGCUUUCCAGAUUCAUGUCAAAGUUCCUGAUGAGGGGUUCAAGGGGCAGAGUGCUGAGGAAAAUGGUCAGGCAUAUUCACAGCAGAGGCUUUGCACACAGAAGGAAGUUGCAGAGUUCUCAGAUUGCAGCAUCAUCACAAUCCAUGCACCCACUGCAGAGGAGAGAGCUGGAGAGAAAGCCAUCAAACAUUAUGAAGAAGCAGCUCCUAAUGAUGUACAUGAGAGAGCCAGUGAACAGCUAGCAUGCAGCAACACGAGGGAGACAGACUCUGGAAACCACACCAGAAAGGAGCGUCUCUUGAGGGACAUUGAAGAUGGCAUUCAGCAAUUUGACUCAAGCAAUUACUCUGCUCUAUAUUCCAAACUGUCACCAGAGCAGGAGUCCAGGAUCCAUGUAACUCCCAUUCAUGCCAAUGUUGCCUCCAGGGGGAAGAAGGUCAGCAGUGAGAAGACAGUCACAGAAAAUGACAGAAAGCAGGAGGAUGAAAGUCAUGAGAAAAUCCUGGAAGACCUCCAGCCUCUGUCCACAGAGGUUGGGCAGUCCUGUGACACAUCUGUAGGGCUCUGGGCCACAGGGAGAAGGGAAGACAUCCCAGGAGGCACAAUUCAAGCUGACACCUCUUUGAGGGAAAUUUGGUUGAAGGGGAACAGAGAGCAAGAUUUUGCCAGUUCUAUGCCCAGUCUGGUGCGAGUGAAGAGCUAUGCAGACAUAGGUAGCAGUCAUGGUAAUAAGAGUUUCUCAGAUGUACUUGACACUCAUGCAGUGAGGAGUGAAGUAGACAGCCAUGAUCCACAGCUCAUGAGUAGUGGGAACACCACAGAUUCUGUUCAGAAUGAUAUAAGCCAUGUGCCAGAUAGGGCAGGAUCAUGCACUGGUGCUAUUAUUAACUCCAGUGCCAGUGAUGACUUACCUAAACCAUGCUUGGCUUAUGACAGUAGGACACAUACAGAUCCAGGAGACCCCACUUCUGCAGUGCACAGUGUGUGUACAAACAAUGAAGAGGGAUCAGAAAAAUACAGUCUAGCUGAAGGAUCUUUUGAGGAGGCUGAUGAUCUCAGCAAUCUCAGUGACAUAGAUACAAAGGUGCGCAGAUCUGCUCGUCUGCGGAAGAUAAAGGAACAGAAGAAGAGGGUACCGAGUGAGGAGCCCCCACACCAGCACCCGCUUGCUGAACCUGAUGCAAAGAGGAGCCGACCCGCAGGGAGGACUGACCAGAAGACUGUAUUCUGGGAGUGCGAUAAAUGCGAUGCUAUGUUCAGGACCAAGGUAAGCCGAGACCGCCAUGUCCAGGAGGACCACGUCUUCACCUGCUACAUGUGUGGGUGGCAAGGCAAGAACAAGACCAAGUAUGAGGUCCACAUCUCCUCGGUGCACUGCAGCCAGCAAGCACGAUGCCUUGCUUGCAGGAAAGACUUCCAGAGUUAUGAGGCCUACAAACAGCACAUGAAAACAACGCAUUCUGUAAACACUGAUAUAGACAUCAAGACAGAAGCAGAAGAAAGACCAGCUGGAGGAGAACCAGACUGUUCUAGGGUUUCCCAGUGUGAGGACGGAGGUGAUGGGAAGACGGGCAAACUUCUCUCUGACGAUGGGGGGCUAGAGAAGUCAGAUGCCAGCGACUCAAAAAUUACGCUGAAUGAGGAUGAGGCUUUCACUGGAUAUGGGGAGAAGAGGUGUCCUUAUUGUGGCAAGCAGUUUCAGCGUCGCAGUCGACUGCUCAGGCACAUCAACUAUCAUCUGGAUAAUCGCAAGUUCACAUGUGAGUACUGCAAUAAGGCGUUUGUGGAGAAGAGCGGGCUGGAUGCUCACCUGCUCACCCACCGCCCCAUCAACAAGUCAUGCUCUGAAUGCGGAAAGGUCUUCAAGACGCGCAGGACCAUGAAGAGGCACCUCAAGACGCACCAGAACGUAGUCCACUCCUGUGGUGUGUGUGGGAAGCAGUUCCGGCAUGAGGAGUCCCUCAGGAUUCACAAGUCGGUCCACAAAGAUGGGGGGAGUGGUAAUGUCUGCAGCCUUUGCAAGAAAGACUGCAAGACCCCAUACUACUUGCAGUUGCACAUCACCACAAAGCAUGAGGCUGCAAAGUUCACUUGCCUGCAGUGUGAUCGAUCAUUCAAGUGGCGGCAGAGUUACGGAAAGCACAUGGCCGUCUUUCAUAGCAAUACAGACAUGCAGUACGCUUGCCCCAAGUGCCCAAAACACUUCAAAACGGCUUCUGAACUGCGGCUGCACCAGGUGGCCCACAGCGAUGAGAAGAAGUACGUCUGCGACAUUUGUGGAAAAGUGUUCAAGCACGAGUACACGCGGGACAAACACGUGAAGACCGUGCACCAGGAAAAGCGUGACCACAUGUGCCCUCAGUGUGGCUCGCUCUUCAAGGCCAAGGCGUACCUGGACCAACACCUGUCGCAAGUCCACACCACCAAAGAGAGGGUCAAGUGCCUGCAGUGCGGCCAUGACUUUAAGACGAUGUCUAACCUGAAGAGCCACAUAAAGAGCGUCCACAACUCCAGGAACCCAAAGUACACGUGCGAGACGUGCAACAAGACAUUCAUGGCGCCAAAGGACCUUGCCAGGCACACUAAGGUUCACACAGGUGUCAAGGACUAUGUGUGUCCUGUGUGUAGGCGGAGCUUUGCAAGGAAGGACAACAUGGUGUCACACAUGCGCACACAUGCCAAGGAGUCUGCUCUGCCACCGCAGGAGCCACACCAGGAUGUAACUCCCCCCACCAUCCAACCACAGGACCCAAGUAUAACACAUAUCUUGGGGAUUCCUUCAGCAAUGGAAGAGGCCAGGAAUACCCAGACUGCUGUGGCUGUCUCUUCAAAUAGCAUUGUCCUCUCCAGUAUCCCUGUGUCUUCACAUAACUUGACCCUUUCCAAUAUUCCAGUCUCUUCGAGCAUAGCACUCAGCAACACUGCAGUGUCGGCAUCAAGCAUAUCACUGCCUCCAGAGUCCACCACUUUGUCUCUGUCACCUGUGUCAUCUGCGAAUGUCAUUCUUUCUAGUGUUCCCUCAUCAUCAAACAGCAUUAUUCUGUCUCGCAUCCCAGUCUCAGCAAACAAUAUCACCCAGCAGAGUCUGCCUUCUUCAUCAAAUGCUUUAGAGUUCUCCAGCCCAGGAUCAAACAACAUCGUCUUUUCCAACACGCAGCUUCCUGUGCCUUCGGGCAGCAUGGACCUGACCAACACGCAUUCUGCACCCCCUGGCUGCCUGACUCUCAGCACAGUGGCAUGCAGUGAGGACAAUGUCAUUUCCAGUGAGACAUCUGCACAGACGAGUUCCUUGGGCUUCAGUGGUGAUGCACCUUCCUCCUCCUCAUCAAAUAGCAGCCACCCUGUGUUUGGUCUCCAGCACCACAUCAUGGCACCUGCACAGCAUGAAGCACCACCCAUGGCCUCCAUGGCUUCCCUGCUUCCUCCCUGCUCAGCUCCGGGGUCUUCAGGUACCCUUUCUCCCCACAUGGCGCAGCAGGGCAAUGCUGCCCAGAUGGUCUGGUCACGGGUGGGCUCAGAGCAAGUGGCCCUGGCAGCAGGGGUGCUCAGCCUCCCCUCUCCUGCCCCGCCACUCAGCACAGAGAAUGCACAGCAGUAUGCACAGCCUGGCCUCUACACAAUAGUAGGUGAGAGCAACAAGGUGACACCUCUGGAUAACUUCACGCUCCACUCUGUUGAGGUGGCUCACCCCUCUCCUCCUGCAGCCCCUACUUCACACCAGAACAGUCACCCAGCGACAGUAAGCGAGCAGAGAUGAUCCCUGAGGUGGCUAUCAAGAUACUUGUGCCUGUGUCGACUGGGAUUGCUUUGUUUAUGUCUGAAGAUCAGUAAGAGAAUGCAGACACUCUUUUGGCAGGCAGCUUUUUACUAAAACAUUGAACUUCUGUUAAAUCUUGACUGAGGUUUUGCAGGUAACUAUCCUCCCAUACAAGUAGAUCUGAGAGAAGCAAUCUUUAUUUUCUUUUUUUGUUUUUUUUAUGUAAUGUGUAAAUAUUUGUAAGUAGGAGAUCAGAGCUUUUUUCUUAUAUGAAACUUUUAUUAUCAUUAUUGUUAAGGGAAAUUUUGCUUAUAUUGUAAUAUAUUGUGUAUAAGUGCAGUAAUAAUAAUUACUGCACCUGAUGUUUAUGCAAAGAAAAAAGAACAUUAUUUCAUAUAGGAUUUAGUUGAUAUUUGAAAUUUAUUUAUCAAGUCCUGAUAUUGCUCCAAGAAAUUAGUGAAAGAAUUCAGACAAAUAAUGUUUCUUCCAGUUUGAAUAAAUAAAUAAUGUUA